GCAGUCAUUGGGGGCGUGGUCGGACCAUAGAGCUCUUUAAGGACAGCACUCUUGUUUUGCAAGAUUAGUUUCUGCGGCUAAUGCUUCUCUACGAGCUCACUUGGUUUGUAUUCAUACCAGGACUGAAAUACUGAACCGGUUAGUGUAUACUUUAGUUUAUCAUUAGCAGGUAUCAUUUAACUUUUGAUUCGCUGUAACUGUUGCGUGCUCUGCUGUGUAGCAGUAGCACAAAGCUAGCUAGCUAGCAAGGGCUAACUAUGCGGCUAAUGUUGGUUAUUAGCAUCGCUAGUUGCUAACUGUUAGUCGGAAGAGCGCACUCUCUGACCUAAACAAAGCGGACUUUAGUGUUGUCUACAUGAGUAAUAACAAUGAAUUAACGUUGGUAGAAGUAUUAGGUCUUAGGCUGGCGGACUGGCAUUAGGGAUGUGGUUAGCUGAGGGUGUCCCUGAGAACUGAUUCAGCCGGAUGAGUUAGCAAAAAUGUCCUGCAAAUCCACCAAAGUGGCCCCGAGUGUUGAUUUCGACCACAGCUGCUCGGACAGCGUGGAGUAUUUGACGCUCAACUUCGGCCCCUUUGAAACCGUUCAUCGCUGGAGAAGACUUCCUCCGUGUGAUGAGUUUGUCGGUGCAAGGCGCAGCAAGCACACUGUUGUGGCAUACAGGGAUGCAAUAUAUGUGUUUGGGGGAGACAAUGGGAAGAACAUGCUGAAUGAUUUACUCCGCUUUGAUGUGAAGGACUGCUCCUGGUGUCGAGCUUUCACCACUGGAACUCCACCUGCACCCAGAUAUCACCACUCAGCUGUGGUCUACGGCAGCAGCAUGUUUGUUUUUGGUGGCUACACUGGAGACAUCUACUCCAAUUCAAACCUGAAAAACAAAAACGACCUUUUUGAGUACAAAUUUGCUACAGGGCAGUGGACUGAAUGGAAAGUGGAGGGCAGCUUGCCAGUGGCCAGAUCUGCUCAUGGGGCCACAGUCUAUAGUGAUAAACUGUGGAUAUUCGCUGGCUAUGAUGGAAAUGCCAGGUUGAAUGACAUGUGGACCGUCAGUCUGCAGGACCGAGAACAUGCCUGCUGGGAAGAGAUCGACCAAAGUGGGGAGAUCCCUCCAUCUUGCUGCAACUUCCCAGUAGCUGUAUGCAGGGAUAAGAUGUUUGUGUUUUCUGGCCAGAGUGGAGCCAAGAUCACUAAUAACCUCUUCCAGUUUGAGUUCAGAGGCCACAUGUGGACACGCAUCCCCACUGAACAUUUACUGCGGGGCUCCCCUCCGCCCCCCCAGAGACGUUAUGGACACACUAUGGUGGCCUUCGAUCGCCACCUCUAUGUAUUUGGAGGUGCUGCUGACAACACGCUGCCCAAUGAGCUGCACUGCUAUGAUGUGGACUCCCAGACCUGGGAAGUGAUCCAUCCCAGCCUUGACAGCGAGAUGCCCAGUGGGAGACUCUUCCAUGCUGCUGCCGUGAUCCAAGAUGCCAUGUACAUCUUUGGAGGAACUGUGGACAACAAUGUCCGCAGUGGGGAGAUGUACAGAUUCCAAUUCUCAUGCUACCCAAAGUGUACUCUCCAUGAGGACUAUGGCAAACUGUGGGAGAACCGUCAGUUCUGUGACGUGGAGUUUAUUCUGGGCGAGAGAGAGGAGAGAGUCUUGGGGCAUAUCGCCAUAGUGACUGCAAGAUGUCAGUGGCUGCGGAAGAAAAUCCUGCAGGCUCGGGAUAGACAGCGACAGAAGACCAAACAGGAGAGCAGCGAGGAGAGUGAUGAGGGGGCAGCUGGAGGCCCGAGGGAUAUCCCAGCAGGCAAUAGGCCAUCGGGCACACAGCCGCUGCUGGAAGUAUCCAUCAGGGAAGCGGAGGCCCAGCCCUUUGAAGUCUUAAUGCAGUUUCUCUACACAGACAAGAUCCAGUACCCUCGCAGAGGUCACGUCCAGGAUGUUCUCCUGAUCAUGGAUGUAUACAAACUGGCCCUUAGUUUUAAGCUUUCUCGCCUGGAGCAGCUGUGCGUGCAGUACAUCGAAGCAUCUGUGGACCUGCAGAAUGUUCUGAGUGUUUGUGAAAAUGCCAACAAGCUGCAGCUGGACCAGCUUAAGGAACAUUGUCUUAAUUUUGUGGUGAAGGAGUCACACUUCAACCAGGUGAUCAUGACAAAGGAGUUUGAACAUCUUUCCACCCCACUGAUAGUGGAGAUCGUGAGACGAAAGCAGCAGCCUCCUCCCAGGUUGUACUCAGACCAGCCAGUGGAUAUCGGAACGUCCCUGGUGCAGGACAUGAAGGCUUGUCUGGAGGGAGGCGGCCUGGAGUUCUGCGACAUUAUUCUGCUGUUAGAUGGUCACCCACGACCUGCACAUAAAGCCAUACUGGCUGCCCGUUCCAGUUACUUCGAGGCAAUGUUCCGCUCCUUCAUGCCUGAGGACGGUCAGGUAAAUAUAUCCAUCGGUGAGAUGGUCCCAAGUAAGCAGGCCUUUGAAUCCAUGCUGCGUUACAUCUACUAUGGAGACGUCAACAUGCCUCCAGAGGAUUCCCUCUAUCUGUUUGCUGCACCCUAUUACUACGGCUUUUCCAAUAACCGGCUGCAGGCUUACUGCAAGCAGAACCUGGAGAUGAACGUCACUGUGGAGAAUGUCUUGCAGAUCCUGGAGGCAGCAGAUAAGACCCAGGCUCUGGACAUGAAGAAGCACUGCCUCCACAUUAUUGUCCACCAGUUCAUCAAGGUAUCCAAGCUCCCCAAUCUGCGGUCUCUCAGCCAGCUGCUGUUGUUGGACAUCAUUGAGUCUCUAGCUACACACAUAUCAGACAAACAGUGUGCCGAGAUGGGCUCCGAUAUUUAGGAUGAUGACUCCGAGAGCCGGACUCUCUUCUCCUCUCACAGAAGCCAUAAAUCGCUGCUGCGCCUACUUCUAGUCAUUCCCUCCUCCCCAACACUCGGUGCUUUUGUUUUCGUUGGGCUUUGCAUGUCUCGCACCUCCAUACAAUAGAUGCCUUUUAUCCACAUUUCAAUACCUUGUUCAUGUAUCUCCCUCUGUCAAACCAGUGAGGAAACCAGAUUCUAGCUUCGUAAAUGAUGUAAAAUUCCCUUUUUGGUUUAAUUUGUCAUUUAUUUAUUUCAUACACACAGAACUAAACUUUUGCAAGGUUUUAUUCUGCUCAGUAUUACUUACGGCAUUUUUAAAUUGCUAUGCAGUUUACUGUAUGAGUUUAUUUAUGUGACACUAGAAAUGUAUCCCAGAUCUGUUCAGUCAUCUAAAUACAGUGUAUCCACAAUAUACCUUUACAUAUUCAUCUAAAUCUGUAUACAUCACUGUGUUACUCUCUAGCGGGACACAAUUAACAAGCCUGGAUUAAACAUUAUAAGGAAUCCAAAUAAUUACAGAAACUGUUUGCUUUGUUUAAUGUUGUUGUCAUUGACGUCACGUCUUUGUAAUACUAAUCACCUCUUAAAUUACUAAUAGACAACUUCUCUUUAGCCAUACAAUAGAGAAACGUGUAUUUAGUGACAUCAGUAUGCUGUUAUUAAAUAAUUACCCAUAUGGGUUCCAUGCUUUUAAAGCCUUAAUAAAUCUUCUCAUACAAAACAA